UAGAGCUUGGUGGUUCAGUUCACAUUUACCGUUACAGAAUAGUGUUGUGCUUUCGAAGCAGCUACUUGUCAUUACCAAUGAUGGAUAACUUACGUGUAUAAUGUAAUCGUGAAUAGUUUUUUCACAUUUUAAACGCAUAGCAUCAGCGUUCAUUGAAUUUACAUUCUCGUAAAAUUCGUUGCGUGAAAUUUUCCACACCGAAGCAAUGCUAUCCUGCCAUUUUUCAAAUCUCGUCGUCGUGUAAUACCUUUUUUGAAAUAUCUAGAUGUUGUUUUCGAAUUACCUUCGCUCGUAUUCGUCCUCAACGAACGUGUCUUUCUUGUUCCCAUCUCCGUUGAUGAAGACGUCGAAUAAUGGUAAAUGAACUGCAAGAGAAGUUCUUCUGCCCUCGUUUGAUUGACUACAUAGUCGUAGUCGGUAGUUAUUCGCCUUUAUCGAAACAUUCGUCGGCUCCACCGACAUCGGAGUCGCGAAAUAAACACAAUGCGCCGAAAGAAGAAAGCGCCCCGCUUAAUCGGAGCUCAUCGGUGGCUACUUCGAAACCAAGACAGAACCGAUCCAGCCGAAGUAGCCGUAAAACAUCGCUGUAUUCUGUUGGAAGAGCUUUAACAUGUUCUUCGUUUGGAGCAUCCAAUAGCAGUAUUUCGCACAUACAAAGUCCAGAUUUACUUCGAAGGUUUCCUGAAGAAGACCAUAAGGACUUUGCUCUGCCCAAAGAUGUGGUUUGCUUUUGUCAACCAGAAGGAUGUAUCACGACUUCUGGUCGACUUUCUGAGUACAAUAAAGUAUCAUCGUUUGUGUUCACUAUUAGCGAUAAGGAUACAGUGAGAACAAGAUAUGGCGUCUGCGUCAAUUUUUAUAGACCCGUUAAGCAAAAGUUGAGACAUUUCAGAUCUAGAAACAUGGAAAGCGUUGAUUAUUCGUCUAGUUCAGAAUCAUCAUCAGAUAAAGAAUCUAAACCACAAGGCACCUACGAAUACGGCACCAGCGAAUUCCACGAACAUUACCCUCAAGAUAAACAAGGGCAGCAAACACCCCGAGGUUCGUGGACUGGUCAAACGCCUCCUCCGAUCAGCAGCAGGUCUCGAAACAAAACACGAUAUAACACUUUAACGUCGCUGUGCCUGAUAUCGCAUCAUCCUUUUUUUAUGGCUUUUAGAGAAUGUUUAUUUUAUUUGAAAAGUUUAAUAGAUGUUUGUAACGAGUCUGUCACCAAAGGUCCGGGACGUCAUAGGAGAAGGGCGAGCAUUUGGGAUGUAAUAAUACAGAAAUCCAACUCAGAAACUCCUCUAAUUCGGCAUUACAUUAAAGAAAUAGAAAAAUGGAUCCUACGCCUGUUAAGUGCCCCCGUUCCUGUACCUGGAAAAACCAGAGUUGAGGUGGAGUUAUUUGCUCCCGAGGAGAACAGACCGCCUUUAUUGUUCGCUUUACCAGAUCAUACGCGUUUUACUUUAUUAGAUUUUCCAAUUCAUUUACCUUUGGAGUUGUUGGGUGUAGAGAGCUGUAUACAAGUGUUGUGUUUGAUAUUAUUAGAAUAUAAGGUGGUGUUCCAGUCUCGCGAUUAUAAUGCGUUAUCAAUGUCUGUGAUGGCUUUCAUUGCGUUAAUAUAUCCUUUAGAUUAUAUGUUCCCAGUCAUACCCUUGUUACCAAUUAGUAUGGAUCUUUCAGAAUGUCUGUUAGACAAUCCUACUCCUUAUGUGGUUGGUGUUCCUGUAAAUUUCUUUCUAUUGAAGAAACAUUUCACGUUACCGGAUGACAUAUGGUUAAUAGAUUUAGACUCGAAUAAAAUCAUAUCUCCUGACAAAGCACGAACCAUUCCUCCAUUACCACAGCCAGAUGGAACAAUUUUGAAAAAUCAUCUUAGACAGGCAAUCAGUAGUCUGUCAUCGUCGAUGCCUAUUUUCUCACAAUCAUCAAGUUCUGCACAUCGUGAAUCAGAUGCAUUAACUGAAAGCAGCGGAAGUGGAGGACCUGCUUCUAGUAUGAAUGAAAUUUUAGAACGAGCUAGUCGAGAAAGCUGUGAAUCCAUAACUAAAUGGAUAGCCGAACAGCAGCAAGCUGGAUUAAGCAAUGAAAUGCAAGAGCUUCAAAGACGAGAAUCGCAAUCGAAUCAGUCCAAUAUACCAAACCUGUUCGUUUAUGGGAACGAUGUAGAUUCCGUUGAUAUCGCUGUUCGAGUAGCAAUGGUCAGAUUUUUCAACAGCAACAACAUGUUGGCAAAUUUAGUGGAGCAUACUAGAACCAUACGCUUAUUUCCUCGGCCUGUAGUGGCUUUACAAAUUAAAUCAUUCUUGCAAUCUCGUAUGAAAACGACUCCUUUCAUUGAAGAAUUCUGCAAAACUCAGGCUGUCGAAUAUUUUGCCGAAUGGUCUCUGACGCCGACUAAUGUUGUAUUUCAACGUAUUCAAACUGGCGUUCACGAUCCAGCUUUAAUCGGAGAUAAACCCAAGUGGUUCGCGCAAAAUCUAGAACCUGUGACGUUUUCUGUUUGGAGUAAAUCUGGCUCUUUGGAGAAUAUCUUGAAACAUGUCAAUAAUGAACACGAAGAGGUUACUGAUGAAAGUGGAGCAGAUUCUGAUAUCGAAGAUGACAACGUAUCACCUGCUUCGUCAGUAAAUGAUAAAAGAUCUGCGAGCUCUCCUGAGCCGGAUGCUGAAUAUUUAGGAACUGAAGAGGCUUCAGAAUCAGUUUAUGAUCCUCCGUUAGAGCUUAAAAUUCCAUCGGCGAUGGAAUUAUCAGAUAGUCCACUGCCAUCACCAGCAUCUUCACCAUCGACGGAAAGUGAUCUAAAUUCGCCGGAAUUCCAGCCUUCCUCCAUAUGCCCGCUAUCGGUCGCUCCUCCCUUACCCGCCUGCCCGAAAAAACGUACCAGUUUUGAUAGCAGUAGGAACGAUAGUAUUUGUUCGACCGCCUCGUUAAGUCGUCAGUCUAGUCGAGGAAGUGGACAAGAUAUGGUAGUCGGCUUAAGUAGAGAAUUAAGCUACCAAAAUUCCCAAGAAAGGGAAUCCGCUUUGUCUCCGUGUAGGAAAAAUAGCCAAGAUGGAUUUUUAGCGCAAAUGGAUAAAAUUACCAUUCAUGCUAAACGAGCCGCUGGUGAGGCUUCGAAAUCGGUACAGGAAGUUAGUAGGAGCGCUUUAGAAGCUAGUAAAACCGCAGCUGGAGUUAGUAAAAGUACAUUCGAAGAUUUAACCUAUGUUGGAAAGAAUACUUUGGGAGAUUUGACUAAAAGUGCUAAGCAGGUCGCGUCCAAGACUGGUUUUUUGAAGGCAAGUCUGUUGUCCGAAUUAUCAUCGGGAAACAAACAGACGCCUCAAAGUUCACAAAACGUAACUUCGUCUUCCGUUAUUCAAUCCGAUAUCAAUCGUUUAUCCGGUAAAGAAUUCUUGUCCAAUAUUAGUCAAGAUAUCAACGGCAUCGCAGCCCAAACUUCCAAUAUGUUCACCGACUUCUUCGGAAGUAAAAAUUCCAAAAGCAAUGAAAACACUUCUCCUACAAGAAGUAAAUCCAGAGGAUCAAUUUCCAAAAGUCCGAUUAAAGGCCAAAAAGUUCUAGCUGAGAAGUCUCCUUUAAUUAGACACUCUAGUCCAAAAAGACCCGACGAUGUGCCCAAACAACAAGGAUCAGAUAAGGCUUUGAAUAGUGCUGAGAAUCAGGGCUUCUUAAGAGAUCUGGCUCAUCAAAUAUUGGAAGGUGAAAGUGUUGGCUGGUUGAAAAUUAACCGUUGUAAAAAGCUUUUGGAAGAUGAGGGUAACAGAUGUUUACUGCUGAAUAAACUCAAUCGAACUCUGGACUGCAAAAUAAAUCCUUCAGAUCACGUAGAAGAUGUGUAUGUGAGUCGUACGACGUGGAAAUCAAUGCUGAAGCUUUUACAAGCCUGUAUUCAUGGAUUAGAAGUGAGCUUUACAAAUUCCAACUCUGGAGGAUUGGCUUCUGUGUUUUACCUGCUUGAAAUCGCUCAUACGCAUUAUUGGAGUAAGGAAGGAUGCGAUUCAUCUACGUCAGGAUUCGAUUCGCAGAUGUCGAGUCCUUUUGGAAGCCAUGAAAAUCUGAGAACGCCUACUUCUCCCAGUGAUACUUCUCAGUUUCCAGACUCGAGGAAGUCUUCGGAAGCCAGUACAUUUGGUGAAUGUUCUUCCACCAUCAAACUAACCACGAGUUCGGUUACUGGCGAUGAAGAGAGCACAACGCCAAUCAGUGACGUCAGCACUUCCGCUAGUGACGUUCUGAAAGAUUUAUUCAACCAAAAGAAACAAGCAUUCAUAUCAAAACUAUCAUCCAUCGAUGCAGAAGGUUUAGCUGAAGGCUUAUUACGCAUGUCACCAGAAUCAGGAAACGUUUCUGAGACUGGAAGCAUGGUAACCAAUCCUACUUAUACGUUACAAAGGAUGCAUAAAAAUAACGCCUCGUUCAGGAGUACAGUUUCCGAUAGCGAAAUUGAACAAAAUUCGCUUUCGAGGUACUCGAGAAAUCGUAUACCGAGUGCGUGGUCGAGCAAAUCUUCCCUAAGUGCCGGAUUUCGGUAUCAUGCCGGAGCCAUUCAUAACACUUUAGGUUUCAAUAGUCCGGAAAGUAAUCGAACUUAUUUAUUCGAAGGUUUCCUGGGUAAAGAAAGAUCAUCAUUGUGGGAUAAAAUGCAAUUCUGGGAAGAUGCUUUUAUAGACGCUGUUAGUCACGAAAGAGAUAUCGUUGGAAUGGAUCAAGGACCCGGGGAAAUGAUGGACAGGUAUAAACAUUUAAGCGAAAACGAACAAAGAAGACUGGCUCAUGACGAAGACCGUCUGCUAUCAACAAUGCUGUACAAUUUGACUGCAUUCAUGUUAAUGAUGAACGUGAAAAAGAACUUGAUCAAUUCCAAAGUGCGAAGUAUGCUGGGUAAAUGCCGAAUCGCCAUUUGCUACGCCGAAGAAAUAACUUCGCUGUUGUAUCGUCUGAAUAAUCUACACGGAAACGAUGUAGACUUGAAAUGUGUAGCUUCACGUCUGGGUCACGGGCAAAGUUUCGCCGUUCAUGUUGGUACCGAUGCAUCUGGCCUGUUGCUUUUUGUCGAAGUUCGAGAUGACGGUCUGGUCAUGAGAUCGAUAAACGGUGUAAUAUCGGAAAGAUGGUGGUACGAACGUGUCAUCAACAUGACGUACAGUCCGAAGAAUAAAGUUCUCUGUUUAUGGAAAAAAGUCGGUGGCCAGACUAGUUUACAUAAGUACUUUACCAAAAAGAGCAAACAAUUAUAUUAUUGCAUCAAAUCGGCAAUGGAACGAGCCGUAGCCCAAGGCCAGCAUCUAGGACAGACUGUCGAAUUAGGUGGCGAAUUUCCAGUCAAAGAUAUUAAUACUGGCGAAGGAGGCUUACUUCAAGUUUGCAUGGAAGGAGUUGGUUUAUUAUUUUCUGGUAGUAAGGAUUUUGAGUUCUUCGUGAAAUUAAAAAGCAUCAGGAAGUGUUUCACGGUGAAAGGACGAUACUUCGUUUUAGAAGAAUACAACCCAAAAACAAGGAUGAUUGUGCAGCGAAAAUACGAAUCUUCUUUGGCUGGUCAAAUAUGUUACUCGGUCCUGUGCGUGUUUUCGUAUACAGCAGCCAUUCAUCACCAUAAAAGAAAAAGUCAAAGCACGUCGGAAAAUCCAUUAGACUUCAAGCCACCGCCAAAAAGUUCAGUCAUGUCUUAGAUAUAAUAUUUUAAUGUUCACAUAUAGUCGUACUGGUACUAUACCCAUAUUACCUAUGUUUCAUUUCAUUCUGAUUUUCUGUGUAUUUUGUAACUCUAUUAGCUUCAACUUUUAUCAAUUGUGAAUAUUGUUUAGCGUUUUUCGUUGUACGUACUUACAUAUUAUUUUUAUUUCAAUUCAUUGAUCGUUUUGUAUUUUACGUUUUAAAUCUCCCUCGUUUAUUCUUAUUUAAAAAUUUGAAU